UGCCUAUUAUUUGCUCUCUUACCAGAUUUUCUUACACUCAAUACAGAGGAGCGAAAUACAGAUGAAAUGGAGAGCGAAUUUUUAGAAGUGCCGGUUCAUUUGAAAGGUUACGUGAUUGGAAAAGGUGGCCGUACAAUCAAUGAAAUAAGACAGAAUUCUGGGGCUAGAGUUGAUUCACUGAACAAGGAAGAGGCAGGGUUUGCGAUCACCGGCGAUGAGGAGCAAAGAACAUGCGCCAAGAGGCUUAUCAUAAAAAAAGUGGUAAGUUAUGAGGAAAUGUCGUCGAAGGGUGCUUUUCUUUCAAUUUAAUUUGUACUCGUGGGAACUUUUAUUAUAAUUUUUCAGGUUGGCAAAAUAGGUUUUGUUAUGGGAAUGAUGCAUUGUCGUCAAAAUAAAUUAAAGUAAACGGCAUGCAAAUUUCAUGCAGAAGAUACAACGCUCUCAAACUUGGGUCUUAGUAUGAUAGUGUAACUGAAUAUACUCACAAGUUUUAUCCCACGUUUUAAAUAAUCAGCGUCACGUUCUUAUUUUAAAUUUAGAAAGAGCCGUAACACACUGGCCCAAUUAAAUUGAAACAAAUUAACUAAAAUAGCUUUUCCUGAGGCAAGCUUAGCAUCCCAGACCACAGGUAACCCAGGCUCUGUGAUAGUACCACAGUACGGUUCCAGUAAAAUUACAGUGUUUGUAUGGGCUAAAAAUACCAUCCUAAAAUUUCUAGGAAAUACUAAAUAAAGAUCAAUGAAACUUACUCUGCAGUUAAUUGUUGUUGUCCUUAUUGCUCCAACGAAGUUUCGUGAUAAUUUGUAGUAAUUUGUUCAAAUUCACUCUAUAUAGAGGGUCUCUAUGGGGUUUACCGAUAGGCGUAAAACGGCCAAAAAUUUAGCCGAUAGCCGUAAAAAUUAAAAAAUUUUAACCGUUAGCCGUAAAUAGCGUAAAAAAGAGUUAACCGUAAAAGAAAGUGUCCCCUAGAUUUGCAACUUUUAAGUAAGGUACUAAACUCACUUAUGGUUGCGAUUUUUAUUUCCCGGCUAGUGUGACUAGCCGACGUGUUAUACAAUAGUCUGCAGAAAUCGGCAUGGGAUUUUUUGGGGGUUAAUUUUUGGUCCGGGGAUUUUUUGGGGUUUUGCUGGAAGCCCUAGGGAUUUUUUUGGGUCUUGACUUUUGGCUCCAUUCGAUCAUCCCCGUCACUUGAAAUCCCGAGUACCCCCCCUGGGGUGAACUCUCGAGCGAAACGAUCGUAAAUAAACGGUGAAGUUUACAAAAUAAUGUCAAAAAUUAUACAGAAAAUUCCAACAGAAUAUGAAUUGCGAUGACUGAGACGAAUGUGAAAGGCAUGUGCACCAGUAAAUAAUGCGGCCGUAACACGCCGACUUCUUGUCAAUAUAACCGGACGUUCUAUCAGUUAAAUAUGUGAACCAUCGUGACACCUCUCUUUGAAUUUGGUCCUGUUGUACAAAUGCCGCGGUAAGAGCCAAAAUUCACUUAUAUCUUUUGCUCGUUUUAAGUUUUGUAAAGUCCUCCUUCGUUAUUUCCUUUGCCCUUAUAACCUUGCCCUACUGAUGUUUGCUAGACUUUCUGAGGACCAGCGCCAGGCGCUGAAUAUAGUUCGAGAGGGACAUAAUAUCUUUAUAACAGGCCGGGGUGGUACGGCUAGGAAGAACAAUUGCCUUCUAGCUUCUUCAGCAGGGUAGGGUGGCUUUGGGCAAAUGAUCUAUCGGUCCCCAGAAAGGUCACCUCAGGACUCCCGGGAUUUUUUUUUUUUUUACACUGCCCAGGCCUCAUUUUCUUGGCCGCGCGUUGAUCUGGCCCCGCUGCUUCGGCGAGCAUAUUCUCGGUCUGUUUGGAUUAUAUCCUUCGAGUUUGUCAAAGUCUGUGGGAUUCGUUUCUCUACUUGGGAAAGCUUCAUUGGUUUGUAUAUCUGCUGCUAUCCUAGUUCUAUGAUCGUGGCAUGUUUAUUUUCCGUUGGAGUUUGAAUUUCGUGGAAAAAGUUGUGUUGAAUUAGAGCAUGUCGGCGAAAAUGGUAUCUCGUGUUUCCUACCUUGUAUAUUAUUAUUGUAUAUAGAGUGAAUUUGAACAAAUUACUGCAAAUUAUCACGAAACUUCGUUGGAGCAAUAAGGAAAACAACAAUUAACUGCAGAGUAAGUUUCAUUGAUCUUUAUUUAGUAUUUCCUAGAAAUUUUAGGAUGGUAUUUUUAGCCCAUACAAACACUGUAAUUUUACCGGAACCGUACUGUGGUACUAUCACAGAGCCUGGGUUACCUGUGCCCAGACAUACAUUUCUUUGAAAAAUAAAAAUAUAACCCAAGUUUAUGAAUGAGUUUUCGACAGGUUCUCGUCGAAGCCUCCCAGGUAAAAGUGUUGCUUGAUAAGGCGAUCUUCAUCUCCAAUGAUGUUUUCUGCGUGUAUGUGUGUCUCUACUUGUGUCUAAGUGGAAACGCACUUUUUGCGUGACGGCCUUUUUUCCUUCGACAGGAGAAAUUAAAGAAAAGGAUCCCUGAACAAUCUUCAGCUGAUGAACUAGUGGAAAUUCCAGAAGAAUACAAAGGUUUAGUCAUUGGUAAGAAGGGCAGUAACCUAAAAAGAAUCAGCAGUCAAACAGGGGCAAAGGUGAUUCGAAAAGACAGAGAGGUGUACAUUGUCAGUGGUACAGAAGAACAAAGACAAAAGGCAAAAGUUCAUAUUAAAAUAGCCAUCGUAAGUAAUUAUAAUUCACAUAACCUUGCUCUGAGGGAUGGUACCUUCAUUUAAUAGGUUAAUUUUAGCCUUUUGAUUUAAAUCCACUCUUUUGAAUGUAUUCCUGUAGGUAGGAGCUAGAUUGAGGGGUUUGGAAAAUGAGUUCAAAAACUCAUAUUGCUACAUCGAUAGUAGCUAUCUUCCAGCCGACUGCAAUCUCAAGCUGGAGAAAAUAGCACAUGGAGUUCAUACCGAUGACACAUUGCUUUCAGAUUCACGUACCUACUACCGACUGACGCCGGUCCAGGAUCAUGAACCACAGGUGGGAAAUUUCUUCCUGUCAGAUUUGCGAGAAAUAAGGAAUCAUUACGUGUCAGCUCCUAACAUUGUGCUAUCUCAAAUCUUUGUUGAGUCUAAUUUACCGUCACUACCACAACACACCUGGGAAGUCAGAUUCAUUUAAAUGGUAAAAAGAUUUAAAAUGUUUUUUUAAAACAUAAAGACUAAGAGAUAUUGUUACAAAUGUACAUUUUAAUGGAUUAACCUCAUAUCCCAACGUCAUAUCCCGUAACCAAAGAAAGAUUUGGUCAACAUCUUUUUCAGUAGGACGUUGAUUUGCAGAAGAACUGAAGUACUGAAGCCAUAACUGAAGCCGACUAUAUCAAAUGGGGAAAAACGCACUGCUCUAAUGGCUAUUUAUUUAUUUUAUUAUUUUUUUAACCAGAAUUAGGCCAUUUUAGAAUUCAUCACAUUUGGCUUUAGAACGUGUUAAUUGAGUAGACCACCGUACCUAAAUCUUUUAGAAUUAUAAACUCAAGUGAUUUUUAAAAAUUUCAUUUCAUUUCCUAUUAGGACUGUUGCAGUCCAAAUGAUGACCCAGCCUAUUUGUCACAACUCAAGAUUGAUACUUUAAAUGCACUACGCAUGGUCAAAAAAGAAAUUGAUUCAAAAGAGUAUCUCAGAGCCGAGAUGUGGUGUCAUUUUGGGACAGGCAUGAUCCGAGGAGCCAACCAAGGUAGGUUAUAGCGUUUUCUUCCAUCUUUGGAUUAUGAUGUAAAACAAUUUGUUUUUUCUUUUUUAUGAGCUAGAUUAAAUCCCUAAAGAAACAUCCUUAAUGAACCAAUAACUUUUCGUUGCAAGACUUGAUCUUUAAUCUUCGUAAAAAUGGCAAAUUUUGGAGGUUGUAGGUUGAGGAGAUUUUGUUUAGGACAUUAUUGUUCCGGGGUUUUGUUUUCUUUGAGUUGGCCCGCUCAUGAUUUUGGUGUAAGCCUACCCUACUUGACGUCUGGGAAACUUUAUUGAUCUAGUAUUGGAAGAAGGUCGUAAGUGUAACCAACCAUUACCACGAAGUACGCACAAGGAGAUAGUUAUGUUACUUAAUAGGCUCUUCAGAUUUUCACCUCCAUUUAAUAAAGGUAACACCUUCGACAAUGUUGUUAAUUCUUUGUAUAGAGGAAGCUAAUGACAGACAAUGGAGUAUUGACGAGGUAACAGAAAAGUUGCGACAAUCAGGUGGAGAUAGCUGGAAGGUUGUAUUUAAAGAAGUGGUAAAUCUCGAGGAAAAAAUAUUCGAAGAAAACGUUUGCGACAAGACCCCUGAGGAAUAUGUGGAUUAUGCAGCGAGGCAUGAUUUGACAUUUUUGACACCAUCCGGACAUCAAAUUAGGUGUAAGGUAAACGUCGGGUAUAUUCCAUGCAGUGGCAAAAAUAAAUUUUUCAGGCUCGCCGGGAUUUCAACCUCCAGUGAUAGCCAAUAUACCCGAGAAAAGAUGAAAGUUAUGAUUAGUUGCCUUGGAAAUAAUCCUUUUUUUAAACUUAGUCUUAGGAGGUUAAGGCCGAUAAGUGGGAUAAAACUUGACUGCAUCCUUUCUAAUGGUUACUGGAUUGGAAGGAAUAAAUAAAGUGGAGUUCCCUUGACACAAUCUCAUUGUGGCGUGAACAGCUACGAAUCAGUUACCUGUUAAUAGAUGGAAUUUAAAAUGUCUAUGUUAAUUAAUAUCAAUCAAAAGUAAUAACAUUUCAAUUAAUAUUUAGCAGUUCAUGACCUUAUUUCUGACUCACUGCUUUUGUGCUGCAGUUUUCAGAAUCGGUUUCCUGCAUGCCUCAAUGUUAAAGGUUUUAGAUGACAAAAUACAGUUGUGUUAUGACGUAGGUAUGGGUUGCAAAGAAAAACGUCGGGAAACGGCUGGAAGAUAUUCCCCUACCGUUAAGUGACGUAAAAAACAUCUUGAAAGAGAUACACUUUAAGGACGAAGCUAUGCAGUCACGUUGCCGUGGAUGGCUGGUCGUACCAUCUCGCAGCUACCUGCAGGCAGACAUACUCUUUCCUGGUUGCGAAUUUGAUUGUCGACUGACUGUCCGCGGUCAAUCAGGUACGAUAUCGAUGAUGUGGCUGAAUAGACGAUAGAGUGAACAGAAGCUUAGACUUCUCACAGUACUCUAUUUUUCUGUAAGUUCGUCGAGAUCGAGCGGUUUGCGUCACGUGCUACCAUCUUGCAUGAGUGUCAAAACUACACUUAGCUCCUGGCGGUAUAAUCCUCGACGCCCGCCCCCUCGGUACAUUUGAAAAUCAAGAUGGCCGCCAUUAACGCUAAGGCGCUAUAUCUCGACGAUCUCACGAAAAAAUAGGGGACUGUGAUCAGUUUAACAGAAACUAAGGUUUCCAAUUAAAAGGGACGGGAGACUGACAAGGCAAUUGGAGAUUCCAUUUUAUCCGUUUCAAUAUCUUCACCAUUACUACUAACAGUGACUACCUUUGCCCAAAUUAAAUUGCGCGCGGUUAGCGCACUGAGCUCCGUGGUAUGGACAGAGGAAAUACAACAAGGACAAUAGAACUCGUUAAUUAAUGUGGAAAGGCCAUAGGCGACUCAUUCUGGUCGGGUAAGCCAAAGGAUUGUAUAGCCAGCUUUCAGAUCUUUCCCUCCUGCAAUAAGCUAGGUCAAACGUAUUAUCUAAUCAGGAGCACCCAACAACCGACUGUUUCCAUAUACGUCUCAAAUGGGUUUCUAUAUGCUCUAAAAGCAUGUUGGGUUUAUUUGGUCAGGGGCUGCCUUAAAAAUCUCGAUAAAAACUAUUUUUCUGUUUGCGUCUCUCGGCGGAACUUUGGUUGUCACAAGCUUUUUUAGGUAGCUUUUUGGUCUCAUCCCAAAACUGUUAGCUGAUUGUGAAGUAUGAGGACAUCGAGUAGCUAUACUUUCUAUAACUAUAACUCUCCUAUAUAGUUUAACCUAGGAAUGAAUGGAAGGGAGAUCGUUGGUACCUACAUGUUUCUAGUGCAAAGAAGGAAUACCUAUCUAUCUUUUUAACAAGGUACCUUUUGGCGCAUAGGUCGUCACUUGUAUAACGAAAAGCGGUCAAAUGGAUUGUUGUUCAGUUUUUUAUUAUCAGAAAAGACAGUUAACACUCUCAGAAAAGUUAAGCUAAUGCGCCCUGCAAAAACACAUGAGACAUGCAUUGAGAUCGCAGCUUUACCAUCACUUGAUCGACUCUAACUAUAUUAAGUUGUAGUUCCAGACCUUACAUUGUGUUAUUUGCCUUUUUUAGAUUCUGGUCUUCACACAGACUACGUGCCUAAUGAUGAAGAAACCCAAGCUUUGUCAAAAUUUCUGUCCGAACUGAGUUUGACAGAUGUCGAUGAGAAUGAAAUUUCUCUUUCCAGAGAGAAUAUGCCUGAAGAAUUCCAUUUUGUUUACAACCGAUGUUGUAAACGUACCCAAUAUGAAAUAAGUCCAGGAUUUACCAUAAUUCUUUCGAAAGAACGUUCGUGGCGAAGAGAUGCAAUAACUGAGGAGACCAGAGAAUCGGUAGUUAUCAUGUUACUAUAUUUUCUACAAGUUCAAUGGGUGAUAUUAUACUUAUUCCGUUCCUCGGGUUAAAUAGCUGAUUACUAUCGUAAUGCGGUCAAAAGUAAGUAUUAGUUUAAAAAAAAAUCGAAGGAUUUGACACAUUUCAGUCGCAUGAAAAAAUGAAAACAAUAGCAUGCUUUUCUGCCUACCUUUCUCUAUAGGAGCUAGUUUCAAUGCUUCCUUACCACGAAAGCGAUUUUUUUUUCUAGACUUUAGCUCCCUAGUAGAAAAUGUGAGAAUUAUUUUGGUUUUGUAGUCCUUAGACAGACAAUUGUGAUCGCAAAAGCAAAAGCAAGAUCUCUAAAUCACACAGUUAACGUGAGUUUACAAAUAAGACGUAAGAAAAGACACAAGCAGUAAGUCCAGUUUCAUUGUAUUAUUACGCAACUCUUAUUAAUAAGUCAUUUACCAUAAAAGGAAGUUCUGCCUCUUUGACAGGUUAUUAAUUUGUCAAAGAAUUACGAAACAAAUAACGGGCUGGACUGGACGAACCAAAGUUUGACGUGAUUUUAUGAAGUAAAGUUAUUAAUCUCUGAUUUAAUGUCAGUAAGUAGAUAACAUGCGCAGCCAUUAUACCCAUUGUCAAUCAUGGCCUGGGUGGGGCUCCGGAUACUACGUAGCUCGUAAAAUGUCUGUGCGUUUUAUUCAUUCAAGACCUCGUAUAAGGUAUUGGAAUUACUGAAUGCACUUGUUUUGAUGAUUUCAUUACGAAACGGAUUAUCGCGUUUUUUUUUUUUUCGGCAGAAGGACUUUUUCCUCCACUGCAGAGAAUGGGACGAGUUGCUGAAUAGAAAAGAAUGGAUUCCAGAGAAAAUAAUUGAAAAGCUUCCCGACUUUUUUCGCUUUGUCAAGAAAGUUCAAAGUCUGGUUUUAGCUAGAACAGGUUAGCAGAAAGCCACGUAAUAAUUGUUUUCGAUAAUAAUAACUUAGCCUCCUUUAGGAAGAAAUAAGCUACUUUCAAACUGUACAAUGCCCCUCAGAAUAAUCAUUUAAUCAAAACGGCUAAAUAAGGUGCAAGUGAGAAUGGGCAGAUGGGAGACGGAGGACCAAAAGACAGGCAACCUUCUUGUGUUUGUUAUUGUAGUCGUUAUGUGGACUUUUCUAUUUUUUUUUUUCUUUAUUUAUCUUUUUUUUUUCCUCUAUUUAAAAUAGUGAUCUGUUUUACCGUAAGAUGAGUUUUAGUAACCGAUAAUUAGACUCAAUUGUAAUGAAUUGUGAAUGUCUGUAAUAAAUCGUAAUUGUUUAAUUUGUAAAGAAUAAAUAAUAAUAACAAUAAUUUCUUUUGAGAUACAUGGUCAUUUGCAGGGCUUUACGUUCUGAAAUAUCAAAGGUUUCUUGAGACGAACCUGGUCAAGAGUUACUGCAGAAGACUGAAACUAACCUGAAUGUUUUCUUUCGGGAUCUUUCUUUUUUUUCCCCUUCAAUCGCAUUUUAGUAAUUGACCCAUUACAUUCAUGUUCAUAUUUCCGCUAUUUCGGCAACAUCACCCAUGUGUAAAGUGAGUAAGGGAAGUUUAGGCACUACGUGGGGACAAACCCUUAUAUCUCACAAAGCACCUUUCCAUUUGACAAACCUUAACACGCUUUAGGACUACAAGCAAAUAUAUCAGUUCAUUCUUCGAAAAAAUAAUCAGGUGAUAAAUGUUAUUUUUUCUUGUCCAAAUUUUCAGUUCCUCCUGAGAUCCUUGCGCGGGGCAUUGCAGCCGUAAAAGCCUAUAACAGGGCCCUCAGUGAUGGAAAAACUUUAGUCAAGAGGGUUCCGUUAAUGCUGAUAGGACAAGACCGUGCGGGUAAGACCAGCUUAAAAAAGUCAUUGAAAGGAAUCUGUUUCGACCCACAAGAAGAUAGCACUGUUGGUAUAGAGGUAGAUCCUUCUCAUUUCAAAGUAUCUACGGAGACAUGGAAGACAGGAGUGACAGCUAAUCAAUACAAUGAUACUGAAACAGCUAUUAGCUUUGAUUACCAAACAGCAAAAAGUAUUGCGUGCAGUUUGAAGGAGAAGGGACAAAGCAUUCAGUUAGAGGGUGGUAACUGGGAAGGGGCAGAUGCCUUUAAUUCAGAGGAUUUCAAAGAAGUAGAGGACUCAAGGCCUGUUGAGCCAUUACAAAAUUCAGAGGAUAAGACGCCUAGACUUUCAUCUUCUUCUAUUGGCAGUCAUGAACCCCAAGUUUCAUCUGUUCAAAAAGUGCUAAAUGAGGAGGAAGUUAACGUUCCAUAUCCAGAUGUUCCUGACGAAGUAGCAGCAGUCACCGAAACGUUACUCCAGUGCGAUUUUGAGGACAGUGAAGAGGAAAUCUAUUCUACUCUGUGGGAUUUUGCUGGACAGUCCGUUUAUUACACUACACACCCAUUAUUUCUAACGAAGAGAGCUAUCUAUUGCUUGGUUUAUGAUCUUAGCCUGAAUCCUGACGACGAGGCAAAGCCUGUGGUGAAACAAGGCCUAUAUGAAGAAAAUCAAGAACGCUUUCAUCUGAAAACUAAUUUUGAUUAUCUUGAUUUUUGGAUGACAUCCGUGGCUUCUUUCGGCGACAGACCAGAGGCAGCUCUUGCCUCAGAUGUUUUGCUAAAAAAACUCCCUCCAGUUUUCCUGGUGUGCACCCAUGCUGAUAUACCUUACGGUGGUGGCAAUCCCAGAAACCUAGCUUGUAAGAUCUUUGGUCGAUUGAAACAAAAGCCGUAUGGUGGUCAUUUAUCUAAUGUAUUUUUCGUAGAUAACACAAGUCUCAGCGUCAAAAACUCCGAUUGUCCAGAGGUUAUGCGACUGCGAGAAGAGGUGCUUUCCCUUGCCAGAGAGCUACCCUACAUAAACGAAGCUGUUCCAAUUAAGUGGCUUCAAUUUGAAAAGGCACUUCAGGCGGUAAAAGAAAAUCUUACCGAGGAAAAAUGCAUUUCUCUGGAAUCAGCAAAUAAUAUUGCGUUAAAAGUUUGCAAUAUUAUUGACCACAACGAGUUUGAGACCUUAAUGAACUACUUGCACGACUUAAGAAGUAUUAUUCAUUUUGAUGACAACGUGCAUUUAUGUAAAGUCGUCAUCUUGGACCCUCAGUGGUUAGUUGACGUAUUUAAGAAGGUGAUAACCGUCAGGCCGUAUGAUCCUAAAGAGAAAAAAUUUUUAGAGCUAUGGUCUAAGCUUGAGAACGAGGGGAUACUUGAUGAACAACUUUUGGCGCACGUUUGGGAUCCUUUGUUUAAGGACAAAGAAACCUCAGAUAGUCUUAUUGCUAUCAUGGAGAGAUUUAGCCUACUGUGUCCUUGGUUUUCCAAUGCUUCGAGCAACAAGGAAUAUCUUGUCCCAUCAAUGUUGAUGUCUCAUCCACCACAGGAGGUUCAUGAUCUUAUUGAGUCUGCUGAGAUUCCUUCACUGUUUGUUAAAUUUUCAAACGGCCAUGUCCCUGCAGGUUUCUUUCCCCGGCUGGUCGCACAGUUCCUUCAAUGGGGAAAAGAUGGAUUCUGGGCGCAAGAGAAGCCCCAGCUGUUUCAUGAUUUUGUCAGAUUUUACACCUCUGGAGGUGUCUACUCCGUAAUACUUGUAUGUCAUUCCUCGUCCGUUGAGGUUGUUAUUCAAGGAGGGAAUUCCAACUCUAAGGAUGACUCAUGUCCGAAACCUAGCACUUUAGCAGACUUACAACCCGACGGUUAUGAGGUAGUCUUUGCUCGUCAGGUGUGUAGGAAACUAAGUUUGCUGAUGGAGUGUAUGCGAAAUGACUUUCCCUGGCUGAGAAAUAUGAAAUAUGAGAUGUGUGUCAUCUGUCCCGUCUGUUCCAGGGGAAAGGUAGUUGCCCUCUGCCAAACGCAUCGUGCAAAAAAAUGCAAUGAAGAACAGUGCCUCCACUUCUGGAGAGUUUCUCAGUUAUGCAGUGACACGGAAAACAUCUCUUGCACCAGGUCUGCUGUUGCUCGAAGCACCAAAGUGCAGGUCAUGCAGUUUUCACCUUGGUUUCCUUCUUCAAUACAACAGGUACUAACCUUAGAGCAAUAAUUCCGAGCUUUUCAAAUCUGAUUUUCUGGAAACGCCCCAUCCACUUCAUUAUUUAUGAAUUGACGCUUGUAAUAUAAUGCCACCUCCUUAAAACUUGUUAGUUUGAAUGCACCUUAAUUUACGAAGGUGAUGACGUCCAGGAGGUAGAAUUAACGAUGUUCUUCCAAAUGGUUCUUCCCAACGGUUCAGUUUUAUUCACACUUAUAUAUUAUAAAUAUUUACAUUAUAUAUAACUAGACUGGUGGAACUGUAUUAAAUAUUGAACAUUUAUUGCUACUUAGAGUCUCAUACCUCUUGCGAAGCAAUCAUCAGGCAACUGCCAAAAGUAAUGAUUACAAUCAAAGAUAUGCUGGAAAACAGAACGUUACAAUAAAUACGGGGCGUGGCACGUGGCGCGUAGCGCGUCAUGCCGCUAAUUAAGUGAUGCUUAUGAAGGUCAUGUCAAAUUUGCCACAAAAUCUAAUAAUCAAAUUAGGGCAGUGUUUAGUAGAAAAAAAAAACAUAUGCGCCAAUGUUUAGCUAAUGUUCAGUUAUUUUUGAGUGAUACGGAACCACAAUUAUAUUGCCGUGAUACAGUGAAACCUAGAUAUAACUAACCUCUAUACAGAAAAGUCAUCGGUACAACGAACGAUUUUCUUUACCUCAGUAAAGAAGUAUGAAAAAGAACCUCGGUCUAACGAAGCCUCGUCAUAGCGAACUCAUUUUGCUCAUCCCUUGGCCCUUCGUUAUAUCGAGGUUCCAUUGUAUAAUUUUGCAAACUGUAAUAGUGAAAAUGCAGACGUUAGAAUAUAAGGGCCUGUUUACAUGGAGGUGGGGGACCCCAGGUAGGUGAGGUAAAAUAUGGCGGGUCACCCCACCUAUCAUGUAAACGAGAUCAAAUCAAAGUGAGAGAUUACAUGGACAAACGGGUUACCCCACAUAAGCGGGUUACCUCACUUCUCUGGGGUCCCCCACCUCUAUGUAAACAGGCUCUAAGUUUACAAGAAGAUUAUUAUACAAGUGGAGAAGAGCGGAAAAACCAAAUUUUAAUUUAACAACAGACAACUUUUCAGUGAAGUUUGUUUAUAAUAUUAAUAUCAUGGGUGACAAAUUACUUCUUAAUUUUUGGCGCGAAAUUUCAUGAUAGUGUUAAUUUAUACAUUGUGAGCGUAAUUUGUCUUCCAUGAAAUGGUUUACUCGUGAAAUUAUUUUUAAAUUUUACUCGUCAUCAUUCGAUUACACAUACAAAUUGGACUUGUAAACCAAUAAGAAUUACGCAGCUUACUUUAAUUUUGUGUUUAUUAGCCACUGCUCGCAAUUAGUGAAUGUGACGAAGACCCAUUUACGUCUGAUGAAGGUAAGAUGAAUGUGCCAACAGUUAUGUGAAUGAUUCGUAAGUUUAUAACACAUCUAAUCUUUGAAACGCCCGGGAGCUACUCCCUUAUAUAAGCCAUAUAGUUAUGUGCCGCCCCAAAGAGUAGGGUUUUUGGGCUGUUUUGGUCUGAAAACGGGCAAAGACUUUGCCCAUUUUGGGCUGAAAUCGGGUAUGGUUUUCGAGGGAACUACAGGACUGUAUGAACGUAUUUGCCGUUUCAGUUCCAAAUGAGUAAGAAAGAAAGAGAAGUGUGCGAAUUCAAAAGGACUUUUAAGAAAUCUUUUUUGUUGCUGUUCUUAUCUAAGUAUUUUCUUAGAGGCUUGGUCUGAAAACGGGUAUAGAGGCCAGGUCUGAAAAUGGGUCGGAAAGAUGACAAUUUUUGUUCUAAAAUAGGCUCAGGAUUUGGAGAACCGGGUGCACACCCCCAUCAAGAAUUCCCAGGAAUGUCAAUCCCCCCCCCCUCUCUCCCCCUCUCCCUCCUUCCCCUCUACGGGAUAAUUAACACCAAAAAUGACAAAAAUAUUAUAUGCAAAUAUGAAGAAGAACUCAAAUAAUCGUAGACGGUGACCAUAAUAUUAUUAUUGGUAUCAAGAUAAAGAUAUGGGUAUUAUAAAACUUACUUAAGUUAUAUUUUCGCAUCAAUAUACGUACGUUAUAGACAUGAUGCAUGCAUACCUAUACGUUACGAACCAUUGUCAUAACGUAAAUAUACGUUUUGAAUUACACGUACGUAGUGUAAAUAUACUUUAUUUUGCUUACCGCGCAAAUACGUUAUGAAUAUUACUAUAAUUGCGUUUUGAGCCAUAACAUACGAAUACGUUCUGUGUAAGAUGUAACUGGUAUGCUUUGACCAUCUAGCGGAAAAAAGCCCGCGAAAACUUGGAGUAAUGGCAGCUUUGUCAAUUUUGCAUUAGCAUUAUUCACUCGCUGGGAAGUGAAUAUUGUUGAGUGUUGUAUUGUUUGUUUUGUUUUUCAAAGACCAACUAAAGACAGAAGAAGUGAUUUCAAGCCGCAGACAUGGUGUCUAGUUUUCAAAAGAAGCGUCAUAAUAUAUUUACCGAGCUAAAACUUACAGUGCUCUUAAUUUUGACCAAAUAAACGUUUUCAACAAUGGGGUAUUUGCAUUUUGUAUUUCUUCAUAACCUUUGUGAUAUUGUUAUCGUUAGCCAACAAAAACUCUCAUUUUCUGACGCGCCUGUCAGAUGACUGUCAAAUCGGUUGUCCUGCACUUCUUGCCGGUCCCCCUCAAUAUAACAAGGGGUUGUUCUUCAAAUAGCAGGUGUCAACCGUCGAGUUGUAUUCUUGCUGUUCUUGCUAGGUUUUCAGGUAGUAGUUCGGCUAUACCGAACCAACGCAACCUCAUCCUCAGGGCUUAUCGGUUGACGUCCCUUUUUCUCGCGAUUAUUUUGUACUAUUAACAUAUUUUUCCAAAUGUCCCAAAAGUAUUCCAAAUUUGGCCAACGCGAGCUGGUUAUGAAGAAUUUUCCUUGGGUUUUUGAGCCAAUCAGCAACAGAGAAACCUAAUUCCUUCAGCACUUUCUAGAAAAAAAAUGUAUAUCUCAACCCGUUACCACAAUAUUUCUAACAAUUUCUCAAACAAUUGAAUUAUAGCAAACAAAGAAAGAGCGCUUGCAGUUCGUAGCAACGUAUUUGACCACCUUACGUCCAAGGAGUGCGAUGCCAAACAAAUUGUUCACCAACUGGAGGAGACCCUUGAAUGGAAUCAAGCCUCGCUCGAACAACCAAACCGUGAGGCGAAGAAAUGGAUCCGCUCCUUGACAAGAGAAGCUAGGCGUUCAGAAAGACUCGAUGUGGUAAAAUACUUAAGAGAAAUUACACCUGCUGGCACUACUGGUGAGUACGUAUUUUGCUCGUCAGUUUUUCUUUUUCUAUUCUUUUUUUUUUUCUUCUAUAAAGAGUACUUAACAUUUUCAUGUUAUCUAUUCUUACUAUUACUCUAUUAAGACCCAACAUCUGCUGUAUCCCUUUUAUUUAAGCUGCGACGGUCAACAAUUUCGCGCACUUUCUCUCUGCGGCAUUCCUGUGUUGCGAGUAAAAGAAAGAUGUUGCUAGUGAGAAGGUAUUGUUGCUCAGCAAAGGUUUUGAAGUUACAAUUUAUGGAUGGACAUUUGGCUUCAUGAUAAUAAUGUUAAUUAUGUUAAGUGAAAAAAAAAAAACUACUUAAAACGUUGUUGACUUUUAUCGCUAUUAAUGGUGAUGAUGUUGAUAAUAAUGAUAAUAAUAAAUACUCAAUGAUGCUCAAUUAACCUCUUCCAUUAUGGGACUUUUCAGGGAAAGAGUGAUUUUUGUAUCACCUUGAAAUGAAAACGCGCGAACAAAACAGAAACAAACGAACGGAAAAAGAGUGAUUUGAUUGGUUUAUCGAACGGAUACAAACUUGUGCUGCUUUUGGUUUGUUAAGCGAACGCUCGGCUGGAAAACGUUAUGCCCGAGAACUUUCUAGAAAUCAAACGAUACUUCCCUUUGACGUCAUACUGCAACACGAAUGGCCAAUCGAACAAUGCCUUCUCCAUAUUAGGGUUUUCUUUGGCAGGAAAACGAAGAGUCCAUGUUUUGAUCUUUUUAUUCAUUAGCUGAUAAAGUCAUAAAAUAUAUAACGUACACUUCCCGAAAACAUUUUUCACCGACGAAAAUCGCUCUAAUGAAAGAAAAUUCAAAUGGAACAUAUUUAAGACUAUUCCCAACUGGAGACCAAAUCUAGCUGGCGGUUAGGGCGGGACUUGAACCCAGGACUCCGGAUUACAAGUCCAGGGUUGUAACCGCUUGGCCAUGCAGCCUCCACCGUUAAAACUAGCCUUCAAUGCAGGCUUGUUUUUUGGGACGAGAAAAUAUCACUGAGGAAGAUUGGAGUGAGGAGAAAUUACAACCCUUGGAGUGGGAUCCUCGACUUAUAUUGCGGUUACUCAAGCCGAGGACAUUCUCGCACCAAAAUAACAUUUUUGUUUGAUUAAAGGAGCUGUGUCACGAAAUUCAGCCAAAUUAGGUAUUACAAAAUGCCGUUAAAUCCAAGAGAAACAUAAAAAUAACCGCUUAAACCAUUAAAGGAAAGUUAAAAUGACACAACAGAUACAACAGAUGCCACGGAUGAGCAAAACUGAAGACGAUCGAAACGGAUUGAAAUUAGGGUUUUUGAAACCUGUUCAGCCUAACAGUUUUUCAAAGUUUAUCUCUGCUGUUUGCAACUUCAAAAAUAAUGCUCAGGAGACAUAUUUGUUUGUCUCGAAUCUCUGACUUCGUCAUUUACAUGUAAUCUCUCUGCUUACUUUAAGUUCCAUAGCGGUUGAGGGCGAGUAAUUGGCAAAAUUAAACAUAAUGAUCUGGACUGCCGUGACACAGCCCCUUUAAUUUCUCGGCAUUAUUCAAAUUAUUCAUUUUACGGGUAAACUUUAAUUAGAUUCGAUAAUAUGUCCUCACUUAAGAAAAAAUAAAUUGUAUAUACCUGUUUGAUUUUAGGUCCGCUGUUACCUGAAACCCUUGACGUAAGAAGCAUUCCUUUUACCCAAAAAAGACAACUUAGCGUGUCCUUGACCGGUAUGAUUUAGACAUUUUUAAAAAUUACUUUAAAAGCUCUUCACAGUUCUCAUGUCAUUGAAUCCGUGGCAUAAUAACGUCUCCUUUGGCGACAUCCGGUUUAGACCGGGGAGAUAAUAGCGGCAAAAAUGGAGGGUCCAUACUUGACGGUCGCCGGGUUGCCCAUGCAGUGUAGACUACAGUUAAAUUAAACCUUUAGCUGCUUGUGGUCUAGUGAAGGGUAAUGGUUUAAAGCAAUGUACCCACGGCACAGCCCAGCUCAUAAUCUCGGAUUAUCUAAAAGCCUAGCAUUUUCUUUCAAAGAAUAUGUAUGCUACCUUGGUACUAAAAAACAAUCAAGAAACUAGUAAAUAAAUUAAUACCAAUUCAUGUUGCGUUUGUUCAUGUUGCAGUUGCAACCGACGAUAAGUGGAAGCUUGUUGCUGAGAAACUGGGUUUGAACCAAGACGAAAUACGUUUCCUCGACCUGCGACUCAAUAAUCCAGUUGAAGCCCUCUUAUUUUUUCGUUCUAUGAAUGUGGGAGAACUUUACAACAUCUUAUGUGAAUGCGGAAUACCCGUUAUUGCAGAUAAACUGUAA